AUGUCGAUUCGAGCUAGAAGUCCCAAGAAGUCCCAAGAAGUCUCAAGGAGCCCCAGCGGGACCCAGAGAGUCCCAGCGAGUCCCAAGAAGUCCCAAGAAGUCCCAGCGAGUCCCAGCCAGUCUCAGCGAGUUUUAGUGAGUCCUAACGUGGAGUCCCAGCGAGUCCCAAGGAGUCCCAAGGUUAUCCCAAGUAGUCCCAAGAAGUCUCAAGAAGUCCCAACGAGGAGUCCCAGCGAAUCCCAAAGUCCCAGCGAGUCCCAAGGAGUUCUAAGGAGUCCCAAGGAGUCCCAAGAAGUCCAAAGGAGCCCCAGUGGGACCCAGAGAGUCUCAGCGAGUCACAAGAAGUCCCAAGAAGUCCCAGCCAGUCCCAGCGAGUCUCACAAGUCCCAGCGAGUCCCAGUGAGUCCGACCGAGACCCAGCGAGUUCCAGCGUGUCUCAAGGAGUCCCAAGAAGUCUCAAGGUGUUCCAAGGAGUCCGAAGAACUCUCAAGGAGUCCCAAAGAGUCCCAAGGAGUCCCAGCUAGUCGAGUCCCAAGAAGUCCAAAGGAGUCCCAACGAGUCUUAGCGUGUCCCAGCGAGUCCCAACGAGGAGUCCCAAGCGAGUUUCAGCGAGUCGCAACGAGAAGUUCCAGCGAGUCCCAAGAAGUUCCAAGAAGUUCCAAGAAGUUCCAAGGUGUCCCAAAGUGUCCCAAGGAGUCCCAAGAAGCCCCAAAGAGUCCCAGCCACUAUCAGCAUAUCUCAGCGAGUCCCAACGAGGAGUCCCACCAAGUCUCAGCGAGUCCCAACGAGGCGUCCCACCAAGUCUCAGCAUGUCCCAAGAAGUCCCAAAGAGUCCCAAAGAGUCCCAAAGAGUCCCAAAGAGUCCCAAAGAGUUCCAAGGAGUCCUAA